AUGCAGCGUGAUCUCUUGCAUUCCACUUUUCCGUCUGUCCCCGAGGAGUUCUCUUUGAAGUUUGAACGGGGAGAUGAUUGGUCGGGGAUAGGUGAUCCCAAAUUGCGGAGAAAGCUGCAGAAUAGGGUGAAUCAGAGGGCCUAUCGAAAACGAAAGCUUGCUCAAAGUGAUCAAUCUACCGAAUGUGGACUACUCUCACCACCCAACACCCGAAGCCAAGCAGAACGCCCAACAAGGUGGCUGUCUGUCAAUGAAGCCGAAUUUUUCUUAGAGCAAUUCAGCAAAUCCUCAUUUGAGAAUUACGCGCGAGGCUACCCUACAGCAGAUCACCUAAUAGUACUCACCAAGUUGAAUGUAUACCGCGCAUUUAUCCAAAAUCUCUCCAUUCUUGGGAUAACACCUCACCGUGAUUGGAUAUCGCGAAACACAACUUCCCCGUUCAAUUUCCGCACACAAGAGCAGAUCGAUGACAUGAAGCUGCCGGCCAGCCUACAACCGACGCAAAUACAGUGCGAAAUUCCCCAUCAUCCCUGGCUAGAUUUUUUCCCGUUUCGCAGAAUGCGUGACAACCUGAUUUCUGCCCGUGAUGAGCUAGAUGAAGGUCAAUUAUGCCUCGAUAUCAUGGGAUUUUGGGAUGUAUCGGCGAAGAGCUGCAGUCUGCUGGUAUGGGGGGAGCCUUCGGAUCCGAAGAGUUGGGAGAUUACAGAGGAAUUCUUAAAGAAAUGGCCGUGGGUGAUGUGUGGACUGCCGGAGUUAAUUGAAUCUACAAAUUAUUGGCGGAGUAUGCGAGGAGAGGAAAUGAUUUUUCGAUAUCUUUGA